GUCAAUGCCCAUAUGUGAUAGGAAGUGAAAAACAUACGCGUGAGUCAACAAGAAGAAAGAAGCCAACAAGUGCCCCCACAACCACAAACAUCCCCUGUUCUUCACGGCAGAAGAAACCAGCUGUUACUUCUUCAGCUUCUGAGUUUUUAGCUACCUUUGCUUCGUAAUCUUCCCACCAUUCCUUCCUACAAAGAAAACCAUGGCAGUGGGAGAGCUUUUCCUUGCUGCGUUCCUCCAAGUGCUGUUUGACCGACUGGCGUCUCGCGAGUUGCUUAACUUUGCACGCCGAUACGAGGGACUCGGAAGAAAGCUGGACAAGUGGAAGCACACGUUGAAAGGAAUCCAGGCAGUCCUUCAGGAUGCGGGCGAGAAGCAACUGGAUAAUGACGGAAGGGUGGAAGGGUGGCUGGAUGAUCUCAGAGACUUGGCUUACGAUGUGGAGGACAUUCUGGACGAGUUCGCCACCGAAGUUUUGCUGCGCAAAUUGAAGGGAGGAGAAGAUCAGGGCAGCACAAGUAAGGUACGCAACCUCAUCCCUGGUUGUUGCACUGCUUUGACUCCAAGUGCUCUUAGGAUCCGUGUUAGGCUGGGUUCAAAGAUAAAGGAGAUUACUGCUCGAUUCAAUGAUAUCGUGACACGAAAAGAUCAACUGAAGCUGAAAGAAACUGUUGAUGGGAGGUCAAGCAGAGGAAGAGGGACACUACCUACAACUUCUUUAGUGAAUGAAGCUCGUGUUUAUGGCCGGAAAAAAGAUAAAGAGGCUAUAGUUCAAAUGUUACUGAGUGAAAAACGUAGUGAUGCCGAUGAUGCUGAAGUCUCUGUUAUUCCUAUACUUGGCAUGGGGGGUGUAGGAAAGACAACUCUUGCCCAGCUUGUGUACAAUGAUGAAAAAGUACAACAGUUUUUUAAUUUGAAAGCAUGGGCUUGUGUUUCUGAAGAUUUCGAUGCUUUUAGAGUCACAAAAACAAUUUUGAAAUCGGUCGUUUCUGAAAGCUCUGAUGAAAGUGAUCUGAAUGACAAUGAUCUGAAUAUGUUGCAAGUCAAAUUGAAGGAGAAACUGUCCGGGAAGAAGUUUCUUGUCAUUCUGGAUGAUGUUUGGAAUGAAAACUACCAUAAUUGGACUAUCCUACGUGCUCCUUUCGAAUCAGGGGCUCCAGGAAGUGCAAUUGUCAUCACAACUCGUAACCAGGUGGUUUCAUCAACGACAGGUUCCGUUCCAGAGUACCAUUUGCAAGUGUUGUCAAAUGAUUCAUGUUUGUCUGUAUUUACCCAGCAUGCACUGGGGGCAAGUAACUUCGGUAGACAUCCAGACCUUCGGGAUAUUGGUGAAAAAAUCGUUGAAAGAUGUAAGGGCUUGCCUUUGGCGGCAAAGACCCUUGGAGGCCUCUUGCGUACUACACUCGACCAUGAUAAGUGGGAAGAUGUACUUGAGAGCAAGAUAUGGGAUAUACCUGAGGAGAGAAGUGGAAUUCUUCCGGCUCUUAUGUUGAGCUACCACCAUCUCCCUUCCCAUUUAAAAAGGUGCUUUAUGUAUUGUUCAAUUCUUCCCAAGGACUAUGAAUUUGAAGAGCAGCAGUUGGUUCGGUUAUGGAUGGCAGAAGGUCUAAUUCAGCCACGAGAUGGGGACAAGCAAAUGGAAGAUUUGGGUAGCAAGUAUUUUCAUGAUCUCUUGUCAAGGUCCUUUUUUCAACAUUAG